UUAUGUUAUAUUAUAGAUAGUUUGUUUAUCAUCCUGCGGAAGAAGAAUCAACAACUCUCGUUCCUCCACGUCUACCAUCAUGCUACCAUGUUUGGUCUAUGGUGGAUAGGAACCAAGUAUGUGGCCGGGGGGUCAAGUUUUCUAGGAGCGAUGUUUAACUGUGUUGUACAUGUAUUUAUGUACACCUACUAUGCAUUGGCGGCCUGUGGUGAAUCCAUGAAACCGUAUCUUUGGUGGAAGAAAUAUUUGACCCUCAUCCAGGUAAAUAUAUGUUCCAUUAAAUAUUGGGACACCCUGAUUUGUUCUUCUAUGUUGAUGUUCCAUAAACCUUCCCAAUUGGAUUGUAUUAAUUACUGUUUCAGAAUCGGUUGCGAUUUCCCGAUGUGGAUGCAGUACUCACUAGUUGGGUACAUGUUCUCUUUUCUUGUACUCUUCUCAGACUUCUAUUACAAGGCUUAUAUCCAACAACGGAAUGAGAAGCUUUUUAAGCAAAACGGAAACAGCAGGUCCAACAGAAAGAACGGAACCAAAUCUAACGGAAACGGACAAUCAAACGGAAAACAAAACAUUGCAAACGGAAAGAAAAAUUUGUGAUAGGACUGCUAAUUAUUCAUUGUUACUCACGGUUAGAAGACACUAACAUUUUGUUCAAACAAAAUUUUAGACAUUUCAAAAUAUGUGGGUUAUAUCUAACAUUCUGUUCUAUUACGAACAAAUGUUAGAAUUUGGUCUAACAGUCUUGAAUGAGUUCAUGUUCAAAUUUCUCAAUGUAAUUAUUGAAUUUUUUGAAGUCCUGAAAAAUUAUCAUUAAGUUCAGACUUUAGAACUGGUCUUAAAAAAAGGGUUACCCACAAAGGAUGAGACUCAAAGACAAGUGUACAGAUUACAUAUCUUAUUUUAUUUUAUCUUAUAAAUGGCCCCGUAAAGCUUUUUAUUUGUUUCUUUUUUUGCUAAUUAGUUUGAUGAACCUGGCUAAUUCUAUAUUGGGGGAAACCUGGAUUUAUAAAUUUCAUUUCAGCAUAUUUCAACAGUUUUAGGUCGUUAUUAAAGCCUCUUCCUUUUUGGGUAGUCCUGUAACUUAUGCAAAAAAGUGCAAUUUUAAAAGACUUGCUUGGUUGUCAUGUUUAUUGCAUUUUGUUUUGUUUUUACAAUUACCAAAGGUACUGUCAGCAAAAUUUUGAUUGAUCCUCUGUAAAAAAAAACAAUGCCUUUGUGCAGAAAUCCACAACAAAACGAGCAAGACAAUGGUUAAAAUUGAUCAAUUCUAACAUUGUUAACAGGUGUUGGAAAAUAUCUUGUGGGGAUCGCUAAUGACACUUUUCAAUACACGGCACUCAAAUUACAACUAACAGGACUGUAGAUAUAAUUUUAAGCGACCCUCCAUUGUAAGGGUACAUGUCUGAUUCACACGGUACCCUUUACUAUCUGAGUAAUAAUGUGUGUUUCAGUAGACAACCACUGGCUACUAAAUAUUAUCUGAUAAAAAAGAAUGUAUACUACCUUACACUCAUUGCUUGACAACCUAAAGGUUUAAUCGUAACGGCUCUGUGUUGUAUAGAUAGAUCAGGAUGAAUUUCUUGUAAUAUCGGACAUAAGAUUCAUCUCAUCUUUUCUGCAACCCAGGGUAUAUAAUAAAGAUUUGAUCUAAAUAAAAUAAGCAGAAAAAAGCAUAAUAGAAUAUGCUAAAUAUAAAUCAAUAUAGAAUAUAGAAAAAAGUUUCUUAUUUAAACUAAAAAACUGAUCAAUUGACAGAAACAAACGUUGCAUUAUACAGUGUUGUCUAAACAAACAAACAUGCAUCUUUUAUUUUCCUUGUAUCUUGCAAGUGGUUAUAUCUUAAGUCCGCGCCUUUUAAAAGGACACCAAAUCGAUCUUUUAUCCUUUUUACUUGAAUGCUUAACAGGGACUAAAAAAUGCGUGGAUUUCUUGAAAUCAGGUUCCUAGGCCAGCACAAGCCACUAUAAUGCUUCAAUACCAGCGCUGGAAAUUUUAAUUAUACAUCAUAGUUGAAGAGGAAAUUUAAAUCUUAUAAAACGUAAAACUUACAUAGGUAAAACUCAAUUGCUAAAAAUUCUCAUAAUAAUAAAAAAUAUCAAAGAAACUCCGAGAAAUCCAACUCCAACUCGACAUCUUCUUCUUUUCUCCAAGUCUCAACCUCCACAGAAGCAGCUAACUUCUGAACAUUGGUCAAUACUUUAGCAGGUUUCUUCUUUUUCCCUUUGAUUUCCUCUUAUCCGGAAAGAGCUUUCUGGC